GCGUAAGCGCAUGCGUGCGGAGGCGGAGCAACCCGGGAGCCGCGGUCGCGGUGGGUGACGCGAACCUCUGCGGGCGGUUUCCGGCAGGAGAGGGGAGCGUUGACCUUCCCAGGCCAAAGAUGCCUCUCUUUGGAAAUACGUUCAGUCCCAAGAAGACACCCCCUCGGAAAUCUGCUUCUCUCUCCAACCUGCAUAACCUGGAUCGCUCGACCCGCGAGGUGGAGCUGGGCCUGGACUACGGAACCCCCACCAUGAACUUGGCAGGGCAAAGCCUGAAGUUUGAAAAUGGCCAGUGGAUAGCAGACAUGGGGCUUAGUGGAGGUGUGGACCGGAGGGAGGCUCAGCGGCUGCGCAGGCGGAACCAGCAGUUGGAGGAAGAGAACAAUCUCCUGCGGCUGAAGGUGGACAUCCUGCUGGACAUGCUCUCUGAGACCACCGCCGAGUCCCACUUAAUGGAGAAAGAACUGGAGGAACUGAAGAGCGUCAGCCGCAGGAGGAAAUGAAGAACCUGACGACAUUGGUUAGGAGGAAAGGGAGAAACCACCCACUAGAGGAGGGGGCUGUGGCUGGGGGCGGUUUUCUAGCCCAACUAGUGGACUGGGUCCUGGGAGAGUGUCAUAUGAUGAGGCCAAAAGGCACUGGCCCCUGGGUUUGGCAGUGGGCACAUACUGGUGGCAGCCAGGACUCCAGGCCAGGACCAUCAGUAGGAACAAGCCCUGGUGUGCUGUCCAGUCCUCCCACGUUCAAAUGCGCCUUCCCAGGUUCGCCCUCACCGGACUGAUGCUGUGACCAAAGCAGCUGGAGUUCACUGUUUCCCCCCUCGCGCUGGUGUCCGGCAUUGGCCCCAGUUCUAAAGAGGCCUGGCUCAGGGGCCCCGGAUGAGCAGCUCCCCUGGUCCUCUGCCCCUGCCCGGGGCUACUCUAUCCUUUAAAGAAUAUUGGUUCCCAGUUCCACAGCCUCUUCUGGCUUCAGCUUCCCGGUGUCAAGCACCAGCCUUCCACGGCAACACUAUAUUUUUGUGCUACUUUCCUGUUUACACGACUUUCUGAAAAUUAAAUGCUGGUAUGUAA